AUGUCAGGAAAUAAAGUAGUCUUGUCGGAUGUGGAGAAUGCUUCUUCAUACAAGUCUUCACAAAACCUUUCUGUUGCUCCACCUAGACUGCGGGAAAAAGUACUUACAAAAUCUAGUUUAACAAAAGCAACACCUAGCGAGAAGUUGUCGCAGCCAUCAUCUCAUUCUGCAACAGGAAAACGUCCAGCGGACUCUGCUCCGACAGACGCAUCUAUAACAAGCAAAAAUGCCUCUUAG